AUGGUGCGAGUGUGGGGGGCCAUGGUUCUCGCCCACCGCCUCCUCCUCCUGGUGGCCCUGCAAGCCUGGGAUGCCCAGGCUGCUCCGAAACGAGCGCAGGGAGCAGAUGAGGGCAUUGGCAGUGCUUAUCGAGCUUCUCGGCUGGAUCCUGGUUAUGAGCCUCGGGGGUAUCCCAGAGCCCGUGUCGAUCAAGCUACUUGGUGGAAUCCUGUUCCUGAGCCGGGGGGGCAUCCCAGAGGAGGAGUAAAACCAUUCCCGAGCCAGGGCAGCCGGGAGGCCGAGCUGCACCUCUCCGUCUCGCAGGUGACACAGGUCAGCGGGCUGCUGCAGAGCGUCUGGAAGGCCGAGCCCGACACGCUGCUGCCCUCCCUGCAGGAACUCUUUGCUGUCAUCUCCACCGCCGAUCCUUCAUUCGAACCUUCUGUUGCACUGGCAAGUCUUGUGCAGCACAGACCAUUACAGAUGAUUACAGUUCUCAUCAGGAGCCUGACUACAGAUCCAAAUGUGAAAGAUGCAAGUAUGACUCAAGCUCUGUGCAGAAUGAUUGCCUGGUUGUCUUGGCCUCUGGCUUAGCAUGUGGAAACACGGGUGAUUGCACUGCUGAAAGGCCUGGCUGCAGUCCAGACAUUUACCAUCCUCAUUGAUGUUACUCUGCUUACGAUUGAAUUGGUCUUUAAUCGACUUUGGUUUCCUCUAGCGAGGCCUGGUGCCCUUGCUGUCCUUUCCCACAUGUUGCUUAGUUUUCAGCAUUCUGCAGAAGCUUUUCAUUUGAGAGAGGCGGCAUAUGCUCCUAGAAUUUUCUUUGAGGCUUCCCGACCACCAUGGUUCAGCCCUCGAUCCCAGCAGGAUUGCUCAGAAUAUCUCAAAUUCCUGCUAGACAGGCUGCAUGAAGAAGAGAAAACCUUGAAAACUUUGUCUUCAGCAAAGACUUCUGAAAGCAAACCCAAUGCAAAGUCCCAGAAACAAGAAGCUGUCAAUAAGGCAAAAGUAUUUGCUGAAGCAUCUGGUAAGGGAAGUGAAGAAAGAGCUCUGGUCGAGAAGAUGUUUGGAGGAAAAGUGAAGACUACUGUAUACUGUCUGAAGUGCAAAAGCGUGUCUCAAAAGGAAGAAGCUUUCACAGAUCUCCCUCUGGCUUUCUGUCCGGAAUGUACUGAAGGGAAAGGCGACAACGUGGUGCAAACUCAGACCUCACCCAUGAGUCCUGCUGGGAAAAAACCUCUCAAGUUGGAAGCAAAUGGUGGAUGUGACCCAAGAACAAAGAAAGGAACCACAAAGGAUUUUUCUGCUGAGCCAAAGUCUGAGAAGACUACAAAUUCUGAACGCAACAAAGGUCAAGGUAAGAAGAAAAUGCCUCAGAGGGUAGUAGGUGAAAACCCUCUGUCAGCUACAGAUUUACUGCAUUAUUUUCUGGCGCCUGAGAUCCUCAGUGGUGACAACAAGUAUUACUGUGAAAAGUGUGCCUCUCUACAGAAUGCUGAGAAAACUAUGCAAAUCAUUGAGGAACCUGAAUACCUCAUUCUCACUCUUUUGAGAUUUUCCUAUGAUCCAAAGUGUCACGUAAGGCGCAAAGUCUUAGCUAAUGUGUCUCUGCCACUUGGUUUGAAACUACCAGUCCAAAGAGUAGCAUCCUCUCCAGGUGUAGUUUCAAGAGGUUGGUCUGUUGGUGUCGAGGUGUCUGAUAUUGGAGAAAAUAUUGCUAAAAAACUAAAGCCCUCAGGUGCUGAUGAAGUGACUCGCCCACGAUUGGAGCCCUGUUUGUUAAGCUCCGUGGUGAUGCAUUCUGGUGUAUCCUCUGGAAGUGGACAUUACUCUUCAUAUGCUAGAAAUGUUCCUGGGUCAGGGCCUUCAGGACCCUGCCAGCAGUCUACAGGUGAUUCUUUAGUUUCUCCUCAGGCUCAGUUGUUGACAGGGGAGAGUCGUCCUACUGUUGUAGAAAGUGACACUGAUAAGUCAAGAGAAUGGUUUCUGUUCAAUGACAGCAGAGUGACAUUUCCCUCAUUUCAGUCAGUCCAGAAAAUGACCAGUAGAUUUCCAAAGGACACUGCUUAUGUUCUGUUCUACAAAAAACGAAAUAGCACCCGUGGCUUCAGUUCGGCAAACGGAGACCCUCCCCUCCAGAAAGACCUCGUGGAUGCAAUUAUGAAAGAUAACAAACGAUACUUGCGGGGUGACCUAGCAGAGAUGUACCCUGCGCUGAAGAGUGUCCUGCAGGAAGGUGACAGACGAUUACAGGGCAACGCUGUGACCUGCCUGACAGCAAAGGUGCCCAGUGGCCGCAGAGCAGCCCAGGGUGUGAAGGUGGAUGCCGGUCUUGUCCUGUUGGCUCUGUCCCACUCCCACGUCAAAGUUGUGAUGUCUGAGAUCUGGGGCCACCUGAAGACUCUGGCAGAGAUCUCCAGGGAGUUUGUGUUCCAUGUUUUGAUAUCUUGGGGCUACAAAGUGCUGGGGUUCUGGGAUGCUAAGGCUACAGUUGGCUAG